UCUUCCGCUGCAUCAAUGAAAAAUCUACAGUUGGUGAAAUCUGGUAUCCAUCUACUUUUAUCUCCUGUGACAUUCAGAAAGUUCUGAUAGAUGCGUGUGAUUUUCAUCUUUGAAAUCAUAUUACAACUUCAAAUUCUUUUCUGAAUUCAAAACAUCUUCAAAAAGUGCGUUUUCCAUCUUUGGAAUCACAAUAUUUUACCAAAUUUUCAAUAACGAGACUGAGCAAGCUCUCUGAAUUUCUUUAUUAAAUUCUAGCAACAAAAUGAAUCUCGCUGAUAACCUGGGUGAGCUUACUUGGGAUAUACUAAUGUGGAGACAAGAAACUAAUUCUGAUAGCCGGCAAGCUAUAAGAAAAGAGAUCAUAGGAAGAUGCCCUGAAUUUGAGACAAAGUUGGAUGAAGACCAAACGAACCUGGUUCACCUGGCUUCAGAAUAUGGAUAUGUCCAGAUUGUAAAGGAAUCAAUAUCUAUCAGCACCAUCAAAAAUAGGGCGAGUCCAUUCUUUCGUUAUGAUAAAUAUUUCAAGACUCCUCUUGAUUAUGCAGCCAUCAAAGGUAACAUGGAAAUUGUUCAAUUAUUACUCAAUGCUCUCUCAUUCUCACCAUUUACUAGUGGUGAAAAAACUAUUUUCAUGGAGGAGGCUCUUUAUAGUGCCCUUAUAGGCAACCAGCGCCAAACCUUUCGUGCACUGGCGAUAAAAUAUAUGGAGAUGGAGAACUGGGAUAGCAACAUAGUGGAAAUCAUCAAAACUACAAACAAGCUGCUACUGGAAACUCCACGGCUGUCAGAUGAUGUCCGGACCGAGGUUUUUGAAACCUUGAAUAUAAAGCUCUUGUCGAUUAUUCAAUAUGAGGACUGCUUGGGCAACCACUUACUGGAAAAAUUCCUGGUCAGUGAUCCACUUCUCUUCCGAGCACUUUCUACUCGAUCGUGUCCCCUGGAGACACAGUUCUACAUUUGUGUAUUAACCAGGCAAACUGAUGAUUUGCUAGAUGAGAUUUAUAGAUUUCGAUAUGAAUAUGAAUCCGACGAAGAUCGGGAGCAAGAAAAUAUAUACCCGAUGCAUUACGUUUCUGCAUGGGGGUACUUUCAUAUCGCGAAAUUAAUAUUGAUUUAUCAGUCGGGUUCGAGUACUGUAUGUCUUCUCAAAGAUAUGGAUGGCAAUACUCCUCUUCACUGUGCUGCGCAGAAUGGACGAGUUAGUAUUAUUAACAUGUUGCUCUCAACUUGUUGGGAAUGCGCUGGAAUGGUGUCAGACGAGAAGAAUGAGACGGCUCUUCAUUGUGCUUUAACAAACAACAAGGCUAAAGCUUUCAAAACUUUGUUGGAGUGGUACAUCAUCAAAGAAGAGUUCUCAAACAAUAAUGCCCGAGACUGGGAGUGUGGAGACUCCAACUUGGACUUGCUGGUUGAUGGCUAUGUAAUAAUUGUGAAGGAGUUAUUAUGUCAAAGAGAGAGUAAGAUAUGCUUCCAAAGAGAAUUUGGGGAAGGAAAGGAAUACUUUGUAGUCAUCAAAUGCAAGAAGAACCAAAGUAUCGGAACCUCUUUUAAGUAUCAAGAUUAUAUUAGAGAAGUGACUUCUAAAACCACAAAUCAGACAAUUCUUAGUCUGUUAGUGGAUUCAAGGUCCAUAGUAACAUUGAAAAUCUUGAUAAGAAGUGCCAUGGUUAAAGGGAUCUUGGGCAUCAGAGAUGUGGAUGGGAAGACUGUGUUAGACCUGGUAGGUGAAGGUAAGACAACUAAUGUGAUGGGGUUCGUAGAAUAUCAGAGUUAUGAAAAUGUGAUAUGGUUGUUGGACGCUAUACAAAUUGACGAUUAUGAAGUUUUCUCUAAAUUACAAGUGGAAGAUCCACAGGUUCUGGAUUAUGUUUGUGCAUUACCUCUCGGAGGAACACCAUUACACAUUGCUGUGAGGACUGGGCAGCUAAACGAUUGCACCAGAGAGAUUAUAAGACAGAGGCCUAAUUUUAUGACAACAGAAGAUCAUAAGGGGCGUAAUCCACUUCACAUAGCUGCUGCUAAAGGUUACCUGGAGGUAGUUAAAGAACUGGUUACCCAAAUGUGUUUCAGUCAGUGUUUUGGUAGUCCUAUUCCAGUGAAAAAUAGGUGUGGAGAAUUUUUCGUAACUCCUCUUGAUCUUGCAAUUAAGAGAGGCAAAAUUUCUGUUAUUAAUGAAUUGCUCCCUAUUUGGUGGAAAUGUGUUGGAGUAGCAAGCAGGGAACAGAAUUCGGACCUUCUUAGAACUGCAAUAGAAUACAGACAAUACGAAGCAUUGAAAAUGUUGAUGGAGAGGUACAUUGAAGAUGAGCUUUUGAAAGCUAAGGAAGUGGAUCGAAAUCCAAUGUCAUCCUUGGCUGAUGGAUACAUCAAGAUAGUAAAGCAUCUAUUGAGUACAAAAGUUGGAUAUAGUCUUUCAAUUCUUGUGAAGAACAGAGAAGGCCCAAAUUACAUUAAUGGUAGAGAACGGCCCCUUCCUCUGUAUUUUGCAGUAAUCACAGUUGCAAAUAGUAGCGGGAGAGAGGGCAGUAACAUAAUUGAUGAACUAGAACUAUCUGCAUAUUACCCGAAAUACUUCAGUGACGUGACAGUCAGAAAGAAGAGGGUCCUUCAUUUUUCCAUGGAUGAUGAAAACUCAGUGACAUUGAAACUUUUGCUGCGGAGUCCUCUCUUUUACCAGGACGGGGGUUGGACUAUUUUCCAAAUUCUAAAUGCAUGUCUCAGAAAUGAGGAGGAUGAGGAUGAGGAUGAAAUGGAAACACUUAUUCCGAUAUGGAGUAACAAAAUAGGCGAUACCUGUCGAUCAUGUUCCAUAAAUGUAUAUGACGAUGCCAAAGAACAGCUUGGUGAAGAUACAAAAGCUGGCCAUGAAGUUGCAGUAGCUGAUGGUAAUGAGGCUUAUGAAAAUGUGUUAGAACAUGUAAAAGCUGAUCAUAAAAACGACAAUGAUGAGGAAAAUGAUAUUGAAGAACCACAGGGUCAAGAAGUGACCACAGGUGCCAGUAUCCCAGUUAGACCGGAUGGUUGUACUAUGAGAGAUCAAGAUAGAAUUUUGUUCUCUAAAGACCAAAGCUUUGCAUCUCUUGAAGAGUGUCGUAACGCUAUAAAGGAUGCCGCAAUACUAAGUAAUACUGAAGUUGAAUUUUCCAAAUCGACGGGGGAAAGAAUUGUUGCUGCAUGUUCAGACACAUCAGGUUGCUGUAAAUGGAAAAUACGUGCUAAAUCCAAUGGUUGCAAGAGAAGUAAUUACGUUGUAACCGAAAUACAGAACGCGCAUACAUGCCAACGUUUGAAUUUGAAGGUUACUACUAAUAAGCUGGCAACUCCUACAUGGGUGAGCAGUCAUAUUAUUGAUAAAGUAAGGCAAGAUCACAAUAUUACGACACAAGAGAUUAAACACAUUAUGAAGCAGUCUAAGUUCCAAAUAGAUAUUAAUUGCAAAACAGCAGAACGAGCAAAGAAAAGGGCUUUGGAUACAAUACAUGAAGUAUCUAAGAAGCAGAGACAAAAUUUGAUUGCUUCGUCAUCCGUUUCAUUGAAUGCACACCACCAAAGCCCUUCCAAUUUGAGGUUUUGGGAACAGAUUCCUGAACCAAUGCAGGAGUAUAUAAAUAACAUUGUAGACGUGAAAAAAGAUGGACAUUGUGGUUAUAGAGUUGUUGCAAUGCAAGCAGGUUAUGAGGCAAAAGAUGGUUGGAAGCAGGUUCGAAGAUUGUUGCUGAAGGAGGUCGUUCAAAAUGAAGAACUCUACGUGAAACUUAUGGACAGCGGUACAGUUGCAAAAAUGAGAAAAGCUUUCGAGUACUCUGAAGACCUUGCCGCUGAUACCCAAUAUUGGUUGAAUUUACCUGAUGCAGGUUAUGUGAUUGCUAAUGCAUUUAAGGCCGUGGUCAUAUCACUUUCUCUGAAGUCCGGAAAUUUAACAUUUCUACCCCUUUCGGAACCUCCACCUGAAGGACAACCUCACAAUAUUAUCGCUUUUGGCUUUGUUAAUGGAAAUCACUUCAUCAACUUGGACUUGAAACCUGAUGCUCCGAUACCUCAAGUUGAUCGCCGCUGGGAUACUAACGUCUCCAAGGCUGCUGUAGUCUGGAAAACACCUUAUCUGAACAGAAUUGAAAAGUUUAAGGAGAUCAUGGGAUUCGAGUUGGGUCAAACAGGUGAAGGUAAGAACUUUAUAAAUCUCGAAGAGAAUUUGCAGUCUCCGCCUCGUGGUCCUGCGACUCGCCCCGAGGAUACUGCUUCGUCUGCAAAGGAGUGCGGUCCCGAAAAUAGCAGCGUCACGGCACAUAGAGAAUUGCAGAUUUUGAACAGAGGGUCGGGUGUCCUCCAAGGUGUUUCAAAUCCUCUAGGUGCAUGUGCUCUUGAAGUUGGGUCUCUUAUUUGGGGUUGGCCAUAUCGUGAUACUGACGCCACUUCUCGUGGGGCAGAUUUUUAUCGUGGUUUUGGUAACAAAUUUUUUACUGACACUUCUCAAGCGGACACCAACAUGGGGAAGAGUGAACGGCAUGCAGGGGAGAUCCUGAACAGCAGAAAGCGAACUCGGGUCUUGAUAGAUACUUCGGACGAAUUUAAUACUAGUCAUUCCGAGACUACUCCAACACAACACCAUCAAUCUCCUGACAGAGCUAUCAGUACCCCAAACUCUUUGAAGGGGAAGGCCACUUGGUUCACCUUCACUGGUUCUGCCACUGCAUCUACUCUGUAUGGUUGUGCAGACUUUGUAUCGGUGUAUAAUUUUCCAGUUUCUCCUGAACAAACGGACUUCUAUAAGUGGAUUGUCGAGAUGCAUGGUCAUAUAGCAUCUGUGGAAGUUAUUUCAGAGAGGAACACGCUUAUCAUGUCUACACGGACGUUAAUUGAUACCGUGCUAGCAAUACAGAAGUUGGGUGAGGCUUGUCCUUCUGAGGAGAAUUGGGCUGUUUGGAAGGAGGCAAUCAAGCUCCCUCGGAUUCUGAAAUUUAACAUUGCAUGGUUGGAGAGUCUCCUAGCUGCUAUUGAGGAGAGACGUAACUUUCGCCGUCAGCUAUUGCAUGUUGAGAUUGCUCAGUUGGAAGAGGAAGUUGCAGAGAGUAAACGAAAGCUGAUAAAACAUCAGGCCACUCAGUUACGCUUAGCCACCGAAGCAGCUGCUGUUGUUUUGGAAAUAGAAGCAACUAAGUCCAAUAUUGACGUUAAGAUACGGUCUCUGGCCAAGAAGAAUAAUGACCUUGGUGCUCUUUCUUGAGAGAGUUUUUUUUUUUUUUCAUUGCUCCUACUCUUCUGUUCUUCUUUCCUUCCCCUCCUCUUUUCCCCUAGCAACUUGUUGUAUCUGGUUUGGUGGACAACUUUUUUUAAUGUUCAUAUUAAUUAAAGAAACCUAUUACUGGGGCUUCACAUUUCAA